AUGGGACUAUUCCCUAUUCCAAGCCGAUUGGGUGUAUUUCGGCUGAGUAAUUUGGAUGCCAGUCAACAUGAACUCGAGUUCGAGUUCGAUGACAAGUACAUCUUUGCCGUCGCGCAGAAGUAUCCCAAGGAUUUGAACGAGGCUCUAGUCGUCAUCUACUUUGCUACUCCUCCUUACAAGUCGAGCGAGGCAACCAUAUUCACAAGGACCGAGGAUGGGACUGGAUUUCGUCGACACGCCAAGAUUAAGACCAUCGGCAACCCCUGCUUUGAGGUCAGAGCCCGCUAUUUCCCUCGCGAUGAGCCCAAAUUUUGCUUCGACUCUCCUCGGGCUCUUCUCUAUGCACAUAAAGGAGGGGCGAAGACGGUACGGAUUGUCGACAUGGGAAUUAAUAUUGCUGAACGCCUAGAGGACCCCUUGUUCCAUUCUGCAUGGGACGAGACAGCUGGCCAGCGUAUCCGCUACAAGGCUAUUGAGGGCACUGUGUGGGACGACACAAACUCGCGGAAAGUAAUAUCCAUCAAUCAUUUAUUGAAAUGGCCUCUCAAUGCCAAAUUCGGAUUUGAACUACUGUCAGAGUCGUCUCUAUUUCGAAAAGGGCCCUGCCUCAUUCCUGCAGAACAUGUCUUAUCAGUGGUUGCAAUGGCCACCGUUCACACAUUACUAGUCACAAGCUACUGGUGGGAUGGCCUCAGAAGCUCGCCGCUGGUUCCAGAGGAGAUUAGGCAUCAGGAUUAA